UAAUUAUUGUCAUAAAUCUACCAAGUGUUUACAAGACAAAUGGAUUUCGACCGGGAUACGUUAUGUUGCGCCAAAGGAAAGAUUUUUGAUUUAACCGGGUAAUUACCGCUAGGUCCUACAGUCAAUGGGCAGCUGUUUCCUGGGGAUUGCUGAUUUGGGCGCAACCUGUGUGCGUCGUGAUAGUAGUCCGUGUCGAAGGUCUAAAGAGUUUUGUUUACAAAAUGGAAGAAUUUAAACUCUGUAAUCUGGACUACUUUCCCGAGAACAUUUUAAUUGAUGUGUUGUCGUUUCUGAGCGUACGGGAGCUCGUCAAAGCUGGAAGAGUGUGUAAGAGAUGGAAACGUCUUGUUAAAGACCAGAGACUGUGGAGACAUGUCGAUCUGACGACAUGGAAAGGGGUGACGUCCCGCAUACUUUGGGUCCUGCUGCGUCAGUACCUUGGUUGUGGACUAAGAUGCCUUCGGCUGCGUGGGUUGCUGCUCUCUGCCCGAGGCGGUAGCUUUCUCUCGGAGUCUUGGCUCAAAGCUUUGGCCACAAAGUGCCCUCGCCUGAGUAAGCUCUAUCUGUUGCAUGCAGACCUGAGGAGCCUGUCCAGUUGCCAGCUUCUACCUCCGUCUUUGCAAGUGCUGGAGUUGCGUGGUUGUGAGCUGCCUCGCAGCUUUUUCAACCAGGCACUGCCUACUUCACCUGCCCAAGAAAGAGCAGAAGCCACGUCCAGUGUUGGUGCUCAACAGAAAGGGCAGGAUCAGAAAGGAAAAAAGCUUGGUACUCCAUCAGGGAUUCCUAUUGAAACAUUAGUCCUUAACAAUGUACCCUCUUUCACGGACCAACACCUGCAGAGUCUGACAUCAUGGGAGAGGCUCAGUCGACUGGAGCUGCGUGAUACCUUUCGCAUAACAGCUAACGGGCUCAGGAGCUGUGCUGCCAAGGACGGCAUCUGUGGUGUGGAAGGUCUUUCCAGGCUCAAGUUUCUAGAAAUAGGAAUCACUGGGCGGCAGGGCUACCAGUCACAGAUGGCCUCCCUGGGGCUAGGGGCAGGAUGGCUCGGCCUGGAGGAACUGAGCCUGGGUGGUAAAGAGGUGGGGCCAGGUCUACUCUGUGCCAGCCGUCUAAAGGACCUGAAGCGUCUGCGCCUGUGGGCCUGUACUCUCAGCGAGAUGCAGAUAGUUCGGAGCUGCCGUAUGCUUCGUGGACUCCGGCGGCUGGAGUUUUUGGACGUGAGCUUCCAGCCUCGGCAGUGUCCACCAGUGUUGGAAGGGGAAGGUGGCGGUGAAGAAGAGCAGGGCAGUGAAGAAGCUGCAGGUGGAGAUAGCAACAAUGAUGAGAACAAGACGCUGGAUGUGAACGAUCCUAUUCCAAGUGUGCGCCGCUCACUGGCUGUCCUGCUGCCAUCCUGCACACUAGUUUUCACCAACUGCUCUGUUCAGAUUAAUGCAGACUAAAUGACGUCUCCACUACUGAUGAAUACAAGUGGCCAAAAUGGUUAAAAUUCUCUUUCACACAGACGUGUAGUUUUUAUAGCAUUAUCGAUGAAAUGGUUAACAUUCAUUUUUAUUAUUGUGUCAUGAUUAUAAGUAUGCCCAGCCCACAUUGUCUUCCAAUAUGUCAUAAUCUCAUAUGAGCCAGUUCCAGGGUGCAACAUAUGUUUUUCAAACAACCAGAUUUUCUGACCUUUGUGUCAACAAAAUAAAAAAAAAA